UCAUAAUAUAGAGGGCGCUAUAUAAAUAACCAAAAUGGCCGCGCCCAUGGAGCGUAUUUUCCUGAGAAAAUCAUUCAGUGUUUUCCUCAACAUAUUGUUGGUUUUUGCCCUCUCAUUCAUUUAUACAGAAGUAACUUGUGAUUCAUCCCUUUCAGAAAAUUUUGAGGUUAAACCCGGAGGCCAUGUGUGGACCACUGUGAAGGAAUUGGGGCCCUGUAAGUGCACCUUCGAGUAUGCAGCACAAGGUGGAACAAAUGAGCAAUGGCUGUUUGAGCUGACAGGUUCUGAUGAUGGUACUAUUUAUUCCUGCGACAUCCAACGACCGUCAGGUGUCUCCUAUCUCUUCUUCCAGUCCUUCAGGGCCUCCAUUGAACUCGAGGGAGCUCAACUCAAGGAAGUAGAACUCUUUAUGGAUACUGACAACUUACUGAAACCAGAGGAAUAUGUUACAACGAAAGGCAAAAAUGAAGUAACCCACAACGAGGGAAAAUUCAAUUCCAAGCUCUCGCGGCUGCUUUUAAUCGUCGAGAGACCAAGGUCGGAGCUCUGAGUCGGGGGAAAGUGCCUCUUCCGUUUCGGUGAGAUUAGGAGGAAGAAAUUAAAAACCUUGAUUUUUGUCAACCUUUUGUCCCUUUAUACCUAAUGUUGUCUUAAAAGGAGUCCUUUGAUUCAUACAUUUUUGAAGGGUACUUGUAGUCUUUUUUUAUUAGACCCUUUGCGUAUCUGCCAUCUUUGUGGUGUGUACUUUUGGUCUAUAUGGGUAGACAUGAGCAGACCUCAUAUGCGUCCGUAGUUACUGAAUACAAAAUAAGAAUGCAUGUACCCUCAAACAUGGCCACGGAAAUGCAAAGGGUCUGUUGGGAUGCUAAAGAAAUGUAACAGAUUCAACAAAUACGUAUGUACCGACAUUUUGUCUUUCGAUUACAGCCACAUUGUUCAAUUUAAUUAUAAAUACUACAGCCGACUGUGAGAUGUUUGUUUGAUUUUUAUACGUUUUCAUUUGACUUGGGUAGAAAAAAAAGCUUUCAGUUUCGUGCACAUAUGUAAGAACAUUCAUGCAUGUAGUGUGCUGUUUGUAAUUAGAUAUCUUGGUUUUUAUUCUCAAACCAUUUCUAUCGUCAGUGCAUUUCAUUGUUUAUGUACAUGUAUUUGAAGAUGUUUGGUUUUAAUCUCAUGAAAGGCUUUAGAAGAAAAGAAGGAUCACUGGUUUAUUUUUUGGUUUUGUUUACUAUAUUAUUGGACAUUUUUCAAUGUCCCUUACUCCUUGCUUACGUUAUCAAAAAACUAACCUGUCGUGAAAUGCAGGAUGAUUGCAAUUCCAUUUUGAAUAUUUUUUUUAGUUCCAACGAAUAAAUUACAAUUUGAUUCACUUCGUAUUGUG